AUGGUAGCCGAUGAAGCUUCUACUCCUUACACUGAGGGUUCUGUUGUGAUUAAUGAUUUGAAUAUUGGUUAUGCCAAGUAUGGCAAUGGCUCUGAAAUCGUUGUUUGUAUUUGUGGAGCUGUUGGAAGCUAUAAGAAAGAUUGGCCGCUGACUCUGCUCAAACAUUUCGAUCCUUCUUUUGUCACAUUAAUAUGUAUUGAUCCACCUGGCUAUGGAACUUCUCGUCCUCCUGAACGCGUACAAGAAGUUGGACGAUGCACGAAAGACGGAGCACUCGUUGUGCAAGUGAUGGAGAAAUUAGAAAUUGAAAAGUAUACCGUAAUGGGAUGGUCAGAGGGAGCUCGCACAUCUAUUCAUGUAGCAGCACGAGGCAAAGGACGUGUUCAACGUCUUAUCCUAUUAGCUCCUGGUUCAAAAGUUAGUAAACUAGGAUCGAUGGCCUUUAGUGGUAUGAGGAAUACAGAUCAUUGGUUGCCAUCAGCAAGAGCUCCAUAUUUGGCUCAUUACUCCGAUGACUAUUUGAAAAAACAAUGGGCAGAUCUGUGUGAUGUUGUACAGCAAGUAUAUGAUUUCUGUGGAGGACGUUUUCCUUGUGAUUAUGAACUUCCCUCCAUUACCUGUCCAACACUUGUUGUAAAUGGCGGUCUUGAUAGAUUCUGUGGAGAUGCCAAAGACUUCAUAAGUGUCAUUAAGAAUUCAAAACUUGAAGUUCAUGCACAAGGUGGACAUGACUUCUAUCUGAAAUAUCCAAAAUGGUUUUCUGAUAAAAUUCAAAACUUCCUCAGAAAUACAACAUGUUGA